AAGAGGGAGAGAAGGAUAGUGAGGGGAACAGCGUAGUGGGGGCAGUAAGAGCAAGGAUACAAGGAAAAAAAAAACUUGAUAUAACAUGCACUGUGAAUAACCUUUAUAAAUGACUCACUUUAAAAAGAGUUAACACAUAGUUUGAGCUGUGAGGGGGGUUAAGGGGACUGAACAGAGAUUAGUGGAUAAGAAACCUAUUCUUGCUCUGCAGACAACCACCCUUCAGAGGAGUUUUUACUCGCACAGGAUGGAGCCUGUGAGAGCAGCCUGGAUUUGCCUUUUUCUGUGCUCUGUAUGCAGCUCUAGCUCCGCCAAAUUCAGCCCAGAGGCCUGGCUUCAGCAGUAUGGAUAUCUGCCCCCUGGAGAUUUGCGGACACACACCUUGCGCUCCCCACAGUCCAUGAAUGCUGCAAUAUCUGCCAUGCAAAAAUUCUAUGGAUUAAAAGUGACAGGAUCAUUCGACAGUGAAACCGAGAGAGCAAUGAAGAGGCCUCGAUGUGGAGUCCCUGACAAAUUCGGUGCUGAAAUAAAGGCAAAUGUGAGACGGAAGAGAUAUGCCAUCCAGGGUUUAAAGUGGCAGCACAAGGACAUCACAUUUUGCAUACAGAAUUACACUCCCAAAAUUGGCGAGUAUUCUACUUAUGAGGCAAUUCGGAGAGCCUUUAAAGUUUGGGAGAGCGUGACACCACUGCGUUUCCGGGAGGUUCGAUAUGUGGAUAUCAAAGAUGGAUACACUAAACAUGCUGAUAUCAUGCUUUUUUUUGCUGAGGGUUUCCAUGGAGACAGCACUCCAUUUGAUGGAGAGGGUGGCUUUUUGGCACAUGCAUAUUUCCCUGGGCCAGGCAUUGGAGGCGAUACACACUUUGACUCUGCAGAACCUUGGACAGCCAGGAAUGAUGAUCUGGAUGGUAAUGAUCUGUUUCUGGUGGCUGUACAUGAACUUGGUCAUGCUCUCGGUUUGGAACAUUCAAAUGAUCCUUCAGCAAUUAUGGCUCCAUUUUAUCAGUGGAUGGACACACAGAAUUUUCAGCUACCAGAUGAUGACCGCAGAGGAAUCCAGCAGCUCUAUGGACCCAAUCACGGAGAAGGUCUUCCAACUCGUGCACCUCGUCCCACACGAGCUCCACGACCCACACAAACCCAGAGACCAGAUGAUACCCCACACGAUCCCAACCCACCCACUUAUGGACCUGACAUCUGUCAGGGCAACUUUGACACAAUUGCUAUGUUAAGGGGAGAGAUGUUUGUUUUCAAGGAACGCUGGUUCUGGCGUGUUCGUCAUAAACGUGUAAUGGAUGGAUACCCCAUGCCCAUUGGGCAAUUCUGGCGAGGUCUCCCUAGCUCCAUUAAUUCAGCUUAUGAACGAAAGGAUGGCAAAUUUGUAUUUUUCAAAGGGGAUAAGCACUGGGUGUUUGAUGAAGCUAUUUUAGAGCCAGGCUAUCCCAAAACCCUGAAGGAGCUGGGCCGAGGACUUCCUAGCGACAGGAUUGAUGCUGCCCUCUAUUGGAUGCCAAAUGGAAAGACCUACUUCUUCAGGGGGACCAAGUACUACCGGUUUAAUGAGGAGAUGAGAGCAGUGGAUCCAGAUUACCCCAAGCCUGUCAAUGUGUGGGAAGGCAUCCCAGACUCUAUCAAAGGAGCAUUCAUGGGCAGUGAUGGAGCCUUCACUUACUUUUACAAAGGUAACAAGUAUUGGAAGUUUAACAACCAGCUGCUAAAGACAGAGUCUGGCUACCCUAAAUCUGUUUUGGUCGACUGGAUGGGCUGCAGUACUGCCCGACAGCCUGAUGAUGAUGUUGACAGGGAGGUGGUUAUUAUUGAAGUGGACGAGGCAAGUGGGGGAGUGAGUGCUGCAGCUAUUGUAGUUCCUGUCCUUCUCCUGCUUUGUGUUCUUGCCCUUGGACUGGCUGUCGUGCUCUUCAGGCAAUGUGGAACACCGAAGAGGCUCCUAUAUUGGCAGCGGUCCCUUCUGGAUAAAGUGUGAACACCUACACCAAGAAAUUUGCACCCUCCCCCUGAAUUACUGCCUCUCCAGCCCUCCUCUGUCUGCCUCACACAAAUAAUACAGGGAGCAGUAUCAGCUUCCAGGAAAGAGAGGAGUUCUAAUGCAAUUUGCACCAUUUUUGCCUUACUAUUUUUUUGUGGCACGUGUCGUGUUUAACCCCUUCACUGCCAGACCGGGGCCACGAUGUUUGAACGAGUACAGAUUAUGAUAUAUGAUUGGUCACUGGGGCCUGUUGGCUCAAACAACAGCAAGUUACAAAGGUCAUGACAGAGAGGCACAUGAACUUGAGAUUCAAAAGAUCUAAAACUGUUAAGUUUUUGAAAUUCAAAAUAAAUAUGGGCCUUCUUUCUAGUCCUUCCCACAACCACCCAACAUUUUAACACCAGCCAAGAGUAAAGAACCCUGUUUCUAGCUGGGUAUGAAUGUGCUGGUCAGAAGAAUUUUUUUUUGUCCAGGAAUAUGGAGGUGUACACUCAGGAACAUACAUUUUGAACAGCAGGGAAUUAUAUGACACAGUAUUAUGAAAAUCUAGAAGGAGGUCCGUGCCAUGCUGGUGAGAUACUAAAGGCAGGAUAUGAAUAGCAUAACUACUGGAGAGCACACUAAACUGGGUAUUACGCACAAGUCUUGUUUACGAGGCUUCUAUAUAGGCCAAAGAGAUCUGUCAGUUUUAUGGAAAAGUUGUACUUCAUGUAGAAGUGUCUUUAGGGGAAGAUAUGCAAAACUUGCUAAAAUAUAAAAGUAUUCUCCACAGUACAUCUGCAGUGUAGCAUAUACAUUAAUAGCACUGGUGCCUAAAAACAAAAGACAAAGCAGUUUAUUUUAAUUGUCCAAGCUUGCAACACAAGGGAUUUGUUUCUUUACAUUAUGAGCUUCUCAGUCUUUUCUCCCUCUGAGUAUUGCUGUAAUUCAGUGGUGGCAGUACUUUGGUGGAUAGUAUGUUGAAUUGUGAUCCCUUCAUAUUCCUGGACAUUCUGUCUUUACUAUAUGUGUACCCUAAAAAAAAUACCGCCCAUCCCCAUUUAAGUAAUAAUUUGGUGGUAACUAAAAUCAUAAGAAAAUUUAGUAAUGGAAUUGUUCUGUAAGGUGUGACAUGGGGAUUGAUGAGGAGUUAGAUUUUUUUUUUUCUUUUUUUUUUUUGCGGAGCAGGAAUCUGUGUAUAGAAGCAAGGGGGACAAGUCCAAGAUAAGCAUUGCCCAAUUCCUAUAGUGCCUUGUUAGGUGUCCCUCAGCCACCCAUUUUCUUCUAUGACGCCUCCUCUAUGCCCUCCACCUAUUUAGUGAUGACUCUGGAGGAGAAAGGGUUAAUGUGCAUCUCCCUGGUACCUACAGAUCAUUGCUGGGGGUUGGACACUGCUCUGUAGAUACUUUGGAGGGAAUUAGUUAUUUUCCGUUUUAUACAAUCUGGCAGCAAAGGGGUUAUUCACUGCUCGUUGGGUCUAGCAGGAAGGCAUUACAUCAUGCUUUGCCAGGGAAAGUGCCCAUUCCAGUGGUAAGUCUAAGAAAAGAUUCACCAUUUCUGUUAUUCACUGCUAUGGGUGUCUGUGGAAGGAAAGGGGUGAAGAAGGGCAAAUCACAUGGUACGGUUAAGGGGGUGGGAUCACAUUCGCUUCUUUCCCUUCUCUUAUUCUUUGGUUUAUAUUUUUAUUAUUAUAAUUAAUAUUAUUUGGUAAUGAGGCUUCGUGCAUGCACACAGCCCCUGCAGGUCAGGUGGCUUUGUGUUUUACACCUGUCUACUGCAAGAGGGGUCUAUGGAGCAACUCAGGUCUUGGUAUAAAGAGCAGCGCUCUGCUUGGCCCUUCUGCAGUGAAUGGGUGACUUCUUUUCCCCUACCCUUAACAGCCACACUGAGGCCAGUGCUUGCACAUUGAUUGGGGGAGUUGCAGUUUGCCCCUGCUAACCUCCAACCCCAACCCCCAAGUGCAUUAUAACAUCUAUAAGAACACGGAUACAAACAUAGACUCUAAAAGGGCAAACUAACUACAGCAUUCCCUCGAAUUAAUGUAUUUGGGUAUCCAGGGGCCCCGUUGUUGGGUUAAUUAAAGCUUGUCAAAUGGAUGAAUUUCAGUUUUUUUAAUUGUUUUUAUGUGUCCUUUUUUUAUCUAAAGAAAGCUAUUUGUAAUGUCCAAAAACAUUUGUAACAUUAGAUCUAUAAAAUGCCAAAAUGUG